AUGCUUCGUACAUGUGCGCAGUUGUUACGACGACCAACAUCUCAAUUUUUCCUCACGACAAGAUUAACAAGUACUGAUCCAGCACCUGGCUCAAUCAAUGCUGCUCAUGAUAAGUUUUCCGAACGUGAACAAGCGUUUGAAAACGCCUAUUUUCGUAAAUUAAAUGACGAACUUUUGGCACAAUUACGUGAUCGACAUACUGACUUGGAAAAGCAAUCGGAUAGCAUCGAACAAGAACAGAAACGUAUUGAGGAACAAAUCAAGACGUUAGAAAAGAAACGUGAUGAGUUAGUAAAACGUUCACAAGGCUCGAGCAAAAAGUAA